GGUGCUGUGUAUGUCUAUUUUGGCACUGAGGGAAGAGGCUUGGCAUCUCAACCAAACAUUACCAUAACUUGUCAGUAUUCCUACUGUAAUCUUGGUUGGUCCCUCCUGGCAGCUGAUGUUGAUGGGGAUGGAAAUGCUGAUCUGGUUGUGGGCUCUCCGUAUGCACCUGGUGAUGGGCAGCAAAGAGGAUUUGUGGUUGCAUUUUACUCUUAUUUCAACAGGAGUGAGCAAGGACUUCUGUCAGCACAGGAUGCCAACUGGAUGGUGAAGGGGGAAGAAAACUAUGCUUGGUUUGGAUUUUCACUUGACAGCUGCCAGCUGGAGAACAUAACGUUGCUGCUGAUUGGUAGCCCGACAUGGAAGAGUUGUGCUAGCUGCAAUCCCUUCUCAUCGGAUGUCACGCAGAGUGUUGGGAAGGUGUAUGGGUAUAACCCACCAAGCACAAAGCCCUGGUUUGCAGUAACUGGAGACAAGGCAAUGGGCAGAAUGGGUUUGUCUCUGGCCAGUGGUGUGAUGUCUGUGGCUGGGAUCACAAGGACAGUUUUGGUGGUGGGUGCACCUACUGCAGAUAGCCUGACAAGGAUUUCCUUUAUAUCGUCAGUGCUGCUUCAAGCUGGACUGGCUUUGGUAUAUGACCUGACAAACAGCACCAACCCUUCUUUGCUCAGCACAUUCAGUGGGGACAGGAGAUUUUCUCGCUUUGGAGGAGAUAUACACUUAAGUGACCUGGAUAAUGAUGGACUAGAUGAAAUGAUUGUGACAUCCCCACUGCGAACUAACGCUAUCACCACGAUACUGUUUGGUGGGGCAGCAGGCCGUGUUUACAUUUACAAUGGAAAGCAGGCAUCCUCAGGAAAUGUGACACGCCACUGCAAAUCACUGAUAUCUCCCUGUCCUGAGGACUGGGCACAGUAUGUCCUGAUUUCUCCUGAGGAACUGUCAAGAUUUGGGAGUUCUGUUAUCACUCUGAAAUCUGAAAGAAAGAAAGAAGUGGUGGUGGCAGCAGAGAGAAGUUCAGCGAAAGCACGACUUGGUGGAAGGCUUUUUAUCUACUCGCUCUGA